AUGCUGUCCAUCCCCGAUAUGAUCAAGAAGAAGAGAGAUGGAGAACAGCUGAGUGAUGAAGAGAUCAAACUCUUCAUCAAAGCUGUUACAGCUAAAACCAUCCAGGAGACUCAGAUAGGGGCCAUGUUAAUGGCCAUAUGGCAGAGAGGGAUGGUCACCGCUGAGGUUCGCACCCUGACCAGAGAGAUGAUGUCAUCGGGGGAAGUGAUGUGGUGGCCAGAUGAGUGGGAACAUCUGGUGGUGGACAAACACUCCACAGGUGGGGUGGGGGACAAAGUGAGCCUGGUGUUAGCACCAGCGCUAGCUGCCUGUGGCUGUAAGGUGCCGAUGAUCAGUGGGCGGAGCUUGGCUCACACAGGAGGAACUCUGGAUAAACUGGAAUCGAUUCCAGGGUACAACAUCCAGCAGUCAGCUGAUCAGAUCCGGACCAUCCUGGCCUCAGUGGGAUGCUGCAUCGUGGGGCAGACGGAGAUGUUGGUUCCUGCAGAUCGAGUCCUGUACGCCAUGAGGGACGCCACCAGCACCGUGGACAGCCUGCCGCUCAUUACUGGUUCGAUCAUCUCAAAGAAAGGAGCCGAGUCUUUGUCCUCGCUGGUGCUGGACGUGAAGUUUGGACGAGCUGCUCUCUGUAAAGACCUGCAGAGCGCCAAGGAGCUCGCUCAGCACUUGGUGAGUGCAGGUAAUGGAGUGGGCGUUAAAACCGGAGCGGUUCUGAGUCGUAUGGACGGGACGAUCGGUCGCUGCGUGGGGAACAGUCUGGAGGUGAUGGAGUCUCUGGAGACGCUGAAGGGACACGGACCGGACGACCUGAUGGAGCUCGUCACGACGCUCGGCAGCCUGCUCCUGAAGAUGACUGGCAUCGCUCCCAGCCUAUCAGAGGGCAGCAAGCAGAUUUCCGAUGCUGUGAUUGGUGGAACUGCUCUGGCCAAAUUCGAGGCCAUGAUGGUCGCUCAGGGCGUUACCAUGGAGACGGCCCAGUCGCUUUGCUCCGCCCACACAGAUUACUACAGCAUCCUGAGGAAAUCUGAGCACCAGAUGGAGUUGCAGGCACGUGCACAAGGUUUUGUUCUGGACAUCAACGGUUUGGUUUUAGCUCAGGUUCUCAAUAAAUUGGGGGCGGGGAGAUCAAAGGCGGGGGAGCCUGUCAAUCACAGUGUGGGGGCGGAGCUGCUGGUGUCACCGGGUCAGAGCGUGAGGACAGGCGAGUCCUGGUUGCGGCUUCAUUACGAAGAUCCCGCUCCGACCCCGGAGCAGAUCGACCGGCUGCAGAAAGCGCUGACCGUCGGAAACAACGACAAACAGGCCGGAGUCCGACGCAAACUGGUGGCAGAGCUGAUACUUCCUGACUGAACCUGAUGCUUUCAUUCGUUACAGGCCGCUUUGUUCACACACCGAUGUAUAAAAGAUGUUUAUAUAUGAAGUAA